GUAGUGGGUGGUUCAACACUAAUCAAAGAGUAGUCGUACUUGAGGAGACCGUGGAGAAAAUGAAGGUGUGGUAUGACGCGGUUGUGGCGAAUGAGGCUGCACGUAAGGAAGAGGAGGAGAACCAGAGGAAGAUUUAACAAGAAGAAGAGCGACGGUUGAAUGAGAAGAAGGAACAAGAGACACUCAACAAAGAGCCACAUGAUGCGAUGAAUGCGAGGUUGGACAGCAUGUAUGAAGUCGUACGAGGGCAGAAGCAGAACAGCGCGGCUGACGACCAGAGAAUUGAGAAUCUGCUCAAAGAAGUGGAAAAAUUGCGGUUGGCUCAAAGCUCGGCGGUAAGGAACGACGGCGCAUCUACCAGCCGUCCUGUGGUUUGUGAUGAUGCGCUGUUAGCAAGGAUUAUGCAUGAACAUGAGGAAAUAAAGGCAAAGCUGGAUGCUGCGACGACUACCAAUCAACGUGUCGAAACCUUGGAAGCAUCGUUGAAGUCGAUCAAGCAGCAGCAUGAAGAGGCCUUGCAAGAAGCUGAAGACUGGAAGAAGGAGACACUUAAGUCUGGUAACAAACGCAGUCGGAUGGCGACCUCGCCUUCAUCACAGUUGAAGGUGCCGUCAUCUGCAAUUCGAAGGCCGGUCACAGAUACGUCUCAGUUAACACACUUGUAUACCCUUGAAGUCAACGCGCUCAAGGAGCUGCGAUUGCAAGAGCUGAACCGUUGAAGAGAAGCCGAACAGGAGAACGUCAGGCUCAAAGAGGAGCUUCCGAAGCGGGAAGCUGAGCUGGCAGCACCGAAGUCUGCUUUCCAGCAGCGGCUAGAUGCAGCUGGCGGAUCUGUUUUUAAAUCUGUGCGGGGUAAGAAGAAGGUGGGCGGAGGAGAUGACUCUGACGAAGAGAAUGGACGGGAUACUUUCAUUCGGGAAGCAAGAAAGGAAUUGGCGAACAAGAAGAAGGAUGACCUUGUGGAGAUCUGUACGAAGGAGGGAAUCAAAUAUACUACUAUAC